CCGCCAGCAAACCUCCGGGGCCAGGACCGGCGCUCACUUGACCGCGCGGCUCACGGGUGCCCUGUGACCCCACAGCGGAGCUCGCGGCGGCUGCCACCCGGCCCCGCCGGCCAUGAGGCGCGCGCCUUCCCUGGUCCUUUUCUUCCUGGUUGCCCUUUGCGGGCGCGGGAACUGCCGUGUGGCCAAUGCGGAGGAAAAGCUGAUGGACGACCUUCUGAACAAAACCCGUUACAAUAACCUGAUCCGCCCAGCCACCAGCUCCUCACAGCUCAUCUCCAUCAAGCUGCAGCUCUCCCUGGCCCAGCUUAUCAGCGUGAAUGAGCGAGAGCAGAUCAUGACCACCAAUGUCUGGCUGAAACAGGAAUGGACUGAUUACCGCCUGACCUGGAACAGCUCCCGCUACGAGGGUGUGAACAUCCUGAGGAUCCCUGCAAAGCGCAUCUGGUUGCCUGACAUCGUGCUUUACAACAACGCCGACGGGACCUAUGAGGUGUCUGUCUACACCAACUUGAUAGUCCAGUCCAACGGCAGCGUCCUGUGGCUGCCCCCUGCCAUCUACAAGAGUGCCUGCAAGAUUGAGGUGAAGUAUUUUCCCUUCGACCAGCAGAACUGCACCCUCAAGUUCCGCUCCUGGACCUAUGACCACACGGAGAUAGACAUGGUCCUCAUGACGCCCACAGCCAGCAUGGAUGACUUUACUCCCAGUGGUGAGUGGGACAUAGUGGCCCUCCCAGGGAGAAGGACAGUGAACCCACAGGACCCCAGCUACGUGGACGUGACCUAUGACUUCAUCAUCAAGCGCAAGCCUCUGUUCUACACCAUCAACCUCAUCAUCCCCUGCGUGCUCACCACCUUGCUGGCCAUCCUCGUCUUCUACCUGCCAUCCGACUGCGGUGAGAAGAUGACGCUGUGCAUCUCAGUGCUGCUGGCACUCACAUUCUUCCUGCUGCUCAUCUCUAAGAUCGUGCCGCCCACCUCCCUCGAUGUGCCUCUCAUCGGCAAGUACCUCAUGUUCACCAUGGUGCUGGUCACCUUCUCCAUCGUCACCAGCGUCUGUGUGCUCAAUGUGCACCACCGCUCGCCCAGCACCCACACCAUGGCACCCUGGGUCAAGCGCUGCUUCCUGCACAAGCUGCCUGCCUUCCUCUUCAUGAAGCGCCCUGGCCCCGACAGCAGCCCGGCCAGAGCCUUCCCGCCCAGCAAGUCACGCGCGACCAAGCCCGAGGCUGCCGCCACCUCCACCAGCCCCUCCAAUCUCUAUGGGAACUCCAUGUACUUUGUGAACCCCGCCUCUGCAGCUUCCAAGUCUCCAGCCGGCUCUACCCCGGUGGCUAUCCCCAGGGAUUUCCGGCUGCGGUCCUCUGGGAGGUUCCGACAGGAUGUGCAGGAGGCAUUAGAAGGUGUCAGCUUCAUCGCCCAGCACAUGAAGAAUGACGAUGAAGACCAGAGUGUCGUUGAGGACUGGAAGUACGUGGCUAUGGUGGUGGACCGGCUGUUCCUGUGGGUGUUCGUGUUUGUGUGCGUCCUGGGCACUGUGGGGCUCUUCCUGCCGCCCCUCUUCCAGACCCAUGCGGCUUCUGAGGGGCCCUAUGCUGCCCAGCGUGACUGAGGGCCCCCUGGGUUGUGGGGUGAGAGGAUGUGAGUGGCUGGGUGGGCAGUUUGCUGCUUCCUUCUGGGUUGUGGCUGAUGAGGCCCUAAAUAAAUAUGUGACCAUUGGCCAUCAACCCCAUCAAACCAGCCACAGCCGUGGAAGAGGCAAGGAUGGGGGCCUGGACUGUCCUCUCUGAAUGCCUUGGAGGGAUCCCAGGAACCCCAGUAGGAGGGAGCUUCAGACAGUUCAAUUCUGGCCUCUCUUCCUUCCCUGCACCGGGCAAUGGGAAUAAAGAUGACAUCGUAGCAGCACCUACUAUGCCUCAGGCAUGGUGCCGGCCUGCCUCUCCAUCGCCAUCUCUCUCCACUUCCCCUUGUCCAGUCCCUCACACACUUCUAGAUUUUUCCCAGCUCAGAGGCUUGGCAUUUGCUAUAUCAUCUUCUUUUUUUUUCUUUUCUCUUAAAUGGAGUCUUGCUCUAUCGCCCAGGCUGGAGUGCAAUGGUGCAAUCUCGGCUCAAGUGAUUCUCCUGCCUCAGCCUCCCAAGUAGCUGGGAUUACAGAAAGCCGCCACCACGCCCAGCUAAUUUUUGUAUUUUUGUUGGCCAAGCUGAUUUCGAACUCCUGACCUCAAAUGAUUCACCUGCCUCAGCCUCCCAAAGUGCUAGGAUUACAAGUGUGAGCCACUAUGCCUGGCCUUCCCUAUCUUCUACCUGAACCUUCUUCCUCUUCCCCCAGGGCUUCCCAAGCUCUUUCCACAGCCACAUCAGUCAGGGCAUGGCUCCAAUCCAUUCUUUGCUCCAAUGUCACCUCCUCUGAGAGGCCUUCCCUAACCACCCAUCCAUUCUAAAGCAGCCUCCCUACGGUCACGUUACCCUGCCACCUUCCUCGAGCACUCCUUGGUACCUGCCACUCUUAUCUGGUGGCAUGUAUGUCAUCCACAGCUCACCCACUAGAGUGUGAGCUCCAUGGGAACAGGGACCUGCUCCUUCACAUUCAUGGUGGUAUCCCCAGGGCCUAGGACAGAGCUUGGCACACAGUAGGUGCUCAAUAAAUGUUGAAUGAAUGAA